UAGAUGAAUGGGACAGAUGAUGGAAGAUAUGUGAUCUUGACUGGUGAACAGGAUUAUCAUGAUUUUGCUAGGGUUAUCGAAUGGCAGGAUGAUGCAAUUUUGCACUGGUGGACAUCUGACAUCUGUAAUAUGAUAAAUGGUACAGAUGGCUCCUCUUUCCAUCCACUCAUUACUAAAAAAGAGAAAGUCUACAUUUUUUCAUCUGAUUUGUGCAGGUCGCUGUAUGCAAUAUUUGAACGCACUGUCUAUGUGAAGGGUGUGACUGCCUUUCGAUUUGUGCUGCCUCCAAAUUUGUUUGCUAAUGCUUCAGUCAAUCCAGACAAUGCUGGUUUCUGUGUACCGUCUGGAAACUGUCUGGGAUCGGGUGUGCUGAAUGUCAGUAUAUGCAAGCAAGAUGCCCCUAUUAUGAUGUCUUCACCACACUUCUAUCAAGGAGAUCAAAAGUAUAUUGAUAACAUCAUUGGAAUGCAUCCCACAAAGGAAGAACAUGAGACCUAUCUGGAUAUUAACCCUUUAACAGGGAUCCUGAUAAGGGCUGCUAAGAGACUCCAAGUUAAUGUUCAUGUUCAGAAAAUUGCAGCAUUCAGUGAAACUGGGAAUGCAAGAAUGCUAAUUUUCCCUGUGAUGUACAUAAAUGAGAGUGUCCUCAUCGAUGAUGAAUCUGCUAAGAAAUUAAAAUCUGUCUUGCUCCUGACCAGCUUACUGACUGCUGUCCCAUUUGUCAUCAUGGCAUUCGGAGUCUUGCUAGGAAUUAUCUUUAUCAUUGUGGCAUGUUCACAGCAUGGGAGGCCACAAGACGAGCUGCUGACCACUGUCAUGUGGGAAGGCAGUGUUUUCUCACUUUCUUUUAUAUGA